GUAAAGCCGCAGCGCAGGUCUCUCUCGGUCUCACCAACCCCAUCACCCGCUGCCACCGCCCAUUCGGACCCCUUCGUUUUCCCCUCCUCGCCUUAUCCCUUGCCGUGGGGUAAACUAGUCCUCUUUCGAGCCUACCACGACGCGACAACAACAAGUAAACCAGUGACCAUCAUCAUCAUGGCUCCCAUCAGGGUGGUUUUGCUCGACAUUGAGGGCACCGUCUGUCCCAUCUCAUUUGUCAAGGACGUUCUUUUCCCCUACGCCCUUGAAGCGCUCCCAGGCACCUUGAAGGCCAAGUGGGACUCUCCCGAGUUCGCCCCUUACCGUGCCGCCUUCCCCGCGGAGCAUGCCGGCUCACAAGAGUCCCUCGCGGCGCACGUCCGCGAUCUUAUGAGCAAGGAUCUUAAAAUCUCGUACCUUAAGAGCCUCCAGGGCUACCUGUGGGAGACAGGCUACCGCAACGGCGAGCUCAAGGCUCCCCUGUUUCUCGACGUGGCGCCCCAGUUGGCCCGUUGGCGGGAGCACGGAGGUGUCAAAGUCAUGAUCUACUCAUCCGGCUCUGUGCCGGCGCAGAAGCUUCUGUUUGGACACACCAACGGUGAGCCGUCUGACAUCCUGCCCUGGCUGUCGGAUUUCUUUGAUACGGUCAACGCGGGCCCGAAGCAGGAGAAGGCUAGUUACGAGAAGAUUGCGGCCAAGCACCAGGAGUAUCCCAUCGGCGAGUGGCUGUUCCUCAGCGAUAAUGUCAAGGAGGUUGAGGCGGCAAAGCAAGCUGGCAUGCAGAGCUAUAUUGUUGAUAGGCCUGGCAACGCGGAGUUGCCCGAGGAAGCAAGGAAACAACAUAGGGUUAUCAAGAGCUUUGAGGAGAUUGGUGAUCUAUGAGCUGUGAGGGCAGGCAUGGGUAGCCACAUAGUGGUGGAAAGACAGUAGAAAAUAAAAAACCAAAAAAAAAAUUCAAAGAAUUCAAAAUAAAAAGCAAGCGUCCAUAUCAAAUUCGCUGAUCUUUGUAUAUAUUAUGUCAAUGCCAUGGUACCAACCUCACCAACCUCACCAACCUCCCAACUCACCAUCGAAAAUGCAAGAAGCAAAGAGGUUCUGGUAAGAGCUACAAUCCAUCAAUUAAUCAAACAU